AUGGCUCGCAUUGCCGAAGAUAGCGAUUUCGAAGCACUGAAAAAGCUGGUCGAUGACCACCAGGGAUGGACACUGGAACUGUCAAAAUCCGAUACGCAGGUAUACACGCGACCAGUGGCCGGGUGCAACUUCAACAUGGUCAAGAUCCACACCGAGUUCGUCGAAGUUACAGCGGACACCCUGUUCGAUGUGCUGCACGAUCCAGACUAUCGCAAGGUCUGGGACUCGCACAUGCUGGCCAGUGAAGAAAUUGGUAUACUCAACGUCAACAAUGAUGUAGGAUACUAUGCCAUGUCCUGUCCUCCACCACUAAAACCUCGAGAUUUCGUUCUGCAGCGAUCAUGGCUUGACACUGGACCACAAGGGGAACAAAUGCUGUUAUCCCGCUCGGUGCCCCAUAAAAACUAUCCUCCGAAGAAGGGUUACGUGAGGGCAAUGUCCUACAUUACAGGGUUUGUUUUAAAAACCAACGUAAACUCAAAGACUGGAUGUACGUUAAAGUAUGUGGCGCACUGUGAUCCCCAAGGUACACUUCCUCCGUGGUUGGUGAAUAAGGUAACGCACACGUUGGGACCGCGAAUGGUGAAAGACCUGAAGAAAGCGGCUCUCGGGUAUAUCAGCUGGAAGCAAUCGCAGCCACAUUUACGAAAACCGUGGCGAUUUCCGGAGGAAAUCAGCGGCCCACGGAUAUCUAUCGAAGAUUGUUUGGAACAAAAAGCGCUUCCGAGUACGUCCCGACCUGCUGUUCGUAUAUUGCCUUCGCUUCCAAACUUUCCUGCGAGCAAUGGAAAAAUCAUAACCGGAAAACAAGAAUCACCAACUACACCCCGGACAGUAACACCAACUACACCUACGACAAGUAAUACAAACGGAAGUCCUAGUAUUAGUAAAAAGGAUGAAAAAAAGGAGAAAAAGUUGCUGGCAAAAAAAGAGAAAGCGGAGGCGAAACUAAAUGCUAGCAUCACAAAUGGUUGUAGUAGCGGUAGUAAUAGCACUAGUAGUAGUAGUAAGAAAGACGCAAAAAAAGCAAACAAGGAAUGCAAAGAUGACAGUAGCAUCAAAGACAAGAAAAAAGACGGCGGUCUGAAGAAGCGGAGGUCAUUGUUGAGUUUAAAAUUCUAG